AUGGCGACCGCUUCAUCUAGACCCCAUACGCCAGGGCGGAUUCAACCUCCCGCAGAACCCCUUCCUCCUAUCACGGAGAGUGGUAAUAGCCAGACCAAAGACCAACGAAGAACAUCUCUCGCUUUUCUCCGCCGCUCCAAAUCUACAGAUAUACUAGGUGAAAGAAGAUCAUCCGGAAGCAAAGGCAAGAAGAUGGGGAAGGCCCAAGCGACGGAAGAUGAGAUUCGCCGCCAACGUGAAUCGAUGCCCAGACAACCCCCUCGUCUUCCCGAUCUUUCACCAGCCCCGACUCUGGAAACGUUUGGUGGCGAUGAGCGCCGUGACAACGUUGCUGCCCUUUCUAGUCAGAACUUCUCGGCCCUUCAACAGGCGCGCAGCGCGAUGAGCACACCGGCAGCCCCCGAAUAUGAUCCUUAUGCGCGUACAGAGAGCAUGACACAUCGUGGUCGUUAUAGCUACGCGAGCAGUGCUGUAAGCACAAUAAAUAGUCCGCGCAGGCUACGUCGGCGCAAGGAUCCGACUCCAUAUAACGUUCUUGUCAUAGGUGCUCGCAAUUCAGGAAAGACUUCAUUCCUCAACUUUUUAAGAAACUCAUUGACUAUGCCUCCCCACAAGCAUCCCACCCGCCCCCUCGACGAGGUAGAAUAUUAUGACCGUCAAUUGCCUGCCAACGAGGGCUAUACUUCCCAAUAUCUUGAAACGGAAAUUGACGGGGAGCGUAUAGGUCUGACAUUAUGGGACUCUCAGGGCCUGGAAAGGAACAUCGUCGACAUCCAGCUACGUGGUGUUACUGGCUUUCUGGAAAGCAAAUUUGAGGAUACGUUGAAGGAGGAGAUGAAAGUGAUCCGCUCACCUGGCGUUCGAGACACCCAUAUCCAUUGCACUAUCCUGCUUCUUGAUCCCGUGCGUCUUGAUGAAAACAUCGCUGCUGCGGAACGCGCUGCCCAAGGAACCUCCAAGUCUACUGAUUCUCCUGUUAUUGGAAUUCUUGACGAGAAGCUCGACAUUCAGGUCCUGCGAAAGGUUGUGGGCAAGACAACCGUUGUCCCGGUCAUCAGCAAGGCUGACACCGUCACCGCUGUUCACAUGUCAUACCUAAGGAAGGCAGUCUGGGAUAGUUUGAAGAAGGCCGACAUCGACCCUCUAGAGAUCCUAGCUCUAGAUGACCAAGACGAGUAUACAUCCUCAGAAAGUGCCGAUGAGGGCGAAGAGGUUAAUGACGAGGACGCGGAACCGACCGACGAUCAUAGUGCAGAGCCCACCCCUUCAAAUGAAGAGACUGCAGCGGCUGAAACGCCGAGUUCAACCUCCAUCCGAAGCCAGAGUACUCGCGAAUCGUCUGGAUCCCAGACUACUCCCCAGAUUCUGCCUUUCUCGAUCUUGUCACCUGACCCACACUCACUGAAGGCUGGAGACAACCCUGUCGGCCGGAAGUUUCCGUGGGGAUUUGCUGAUCCAUACGAUCCUAAGCAUUGCGACUUUCUUAAACUUAAGGAAUCUGUUUUCAACGAGUGGCGAUCUGAAUUACGUGAAGCUAGUCGUGUGGUUUGGUAUGAGAAUUGGAGAACUAGCCGCUUGAAUCGCAAUAGCCCAAGUGCGCCUCUGCCUCAGAAGAAGUCCUAUAGUGGUAGAAUGGGUCCCCUUUGA